UGCGUGUUUUGUGUUCAGUGGUGUUGUAGACACGGAGAGCACAAGAAAAUGCAAGAAGCCGGUCAGGAUAAGGAAAGUAUGAUUCUACUCAGAUGAGCGACAAUAUGAACUCGCUGUUGUUGUAGUUGACGUUUUUUCUGUGCGACGUCGAGCAAGCAGUGAACAUCAAAGCCAAGCAAGAUGUUCUUGGCCAUUGUGAGGAGCAGUCCAUCCCAGCCUUCGAGGAGAGCAGUCGUCAGCUCGUGGGCGCCCUGCUUGGGACGACCUCGACCGAUGGGCGGCUCAAUAGCAGCCAACACGAGGAGUUCGCGCGACUGCCCCGCUGGUAGCUCACAUUUCCGAAGAUCCUUCGCUGCAGACGCGGGGAUGGUGUCGGAACAACCUCCAGGUUCUUCUGGUUCACACGACGGUCCUCGUCAUCCGUCAGUCCCGUCGCCUACGUUGCCGACGGGACAGAUAAAAGCCGCUGCGCCAGCUGCUCCCUCCGCCUCGUCCUCAUCUGACAUCCCAGCACACGUCGAGCCCCUGCCGCCAAGCAUGACUCUCGCGGCUACGCGAUGGAACCGUGUGCAGGAAGCGCUCGAGGUCAUGGAGAAGGAAGACCGCGACACGCUCUACUUCCGGACGAAAAUUCUCCGGCGCGAGGAGUUCACCGUUGAAGAAAUGCAGGAAUACAAGUACAGUAUGGCUGCCCCCCAUGCCGAUAUUGAUGUUGCGUUUCUCUUUUUUCAAGCGAGAUCGCCUCAAUCAAGUCUAGAAGCUCUUUCUGGAAACUCAGAAGAUCAGUUCCCAUGUUCUGUAUGGAUAAAAAUUCCAGGGAAGUUCGUGAUUGGGCGUCGUAUGAGUACAUGCGACUGCUGGGGACCGAGAUACGUAUGGUAAAACUCACCUUCUGGACUGCGAUUUUUGCCUACCUGUUCCUGUGGCCCCGCCGGGAAGACGACAACCUGGAAGAGGUGGGCGGGGUCAAGAUUCCAAGCGGCCCCGCGUGGAUGUCGAUGGACGGCGUUUGGUACGGGGUGCGCAAAAUAAAGGAAAAGGGCUGGGCCUACACUCCCCUGCACUAGUUGCGUCGACGAGCAUGGAUGGGAACGCGAGCGUGGCAGCGAGGAUCGCACGACCGUCGUGUGGGGCCGUAAAGGCGCAUUUAAGUACUUAAGAACCAAUCCACGCGGCGUGCGCCGCGUGGGAAAAAGUAUAUACAUCAUUCAGGUUGUUCGAUGCAAUUGCUUUCAAAUCAAAGCGCAGGGCCCGCAGCCCUCUGAUAGAAUUAAUAGCCGGAAAAUUUCCACGAAUGCUUUCGAGGCGUGGCAGCGCGGGAUUUUCGCAAACGCGCCGCGCGUGCGCGCAUGGCUCACAAGUGGCCUGCCUUCUGUCUGGAAAAGUUUUUGAGAAACAAGGGGCCUGCCUGCCGUCGAGAAACGGGGCGAAGCGUCCGCGACUUCUCAUUUCGGGAAAGUUUUCAUUUUGUCUUCGAAAAUCGGAGCUAAAAGGUAAAGGUGUUCGCUUUCUUGGAGACAUGAGAAGUCACUGACUUCCAACUUCUGGAAAGUUUUCACUCUGGAAGUCACUGACUUCUCAUUUCUGGAAAGAUUUCACUUUGGAAAGGUGGAGCACUUCUAAAAAGUUUGUUUUCAUUUUGGAAAAGUGAGAAGUCGCUGACUUCUCACUCCGUUUCUCGAAGGACUGUGGAAUCGGAGUCGCGUUCACUCUUCCCAGAGUCAGAAUUUUCGAAAAGUCCGAAGUCAGUGACUUCUCGCUCCGUUUCGCGAAGGUCUUCGAGCUCCCGAAGCCCAGAAUCGCGAGGGAAGUGCGCGAAGCAUCUAAACGCGAGCGAUACCCAGUCGGGCUCUUUUCACACGGCGAAAAGCGUCCGACUGGCACAGCGCCGGCACCUCUGCUAAAAAGGUUGCGCUUUCGCUUGGCGUCAGCCGGAACUUCAUCACGAGCCGGGCGCAGUUUGAGUCAACGUUGGAGCCUUUUGCUUUUGUUUAAACAGCGCAAAGUUAACAAAACCUUCAGAAGAAAGCUUCAGAAGGUUUUGAGAGCAUAAUCUUCAGAAGCUCUUCAGGAAGACUUUUUGACCUUCAGAAGGUCAAAAAAAGCUGCGUCAUUUUUUUCGCGGUUUUUGAUAAAAAGUGGCAACUUUCGUUUUCCACCUUCAGAAGGUUUUGAAAAAACGACCUUCAGAAGGCCAAAACCUUCCAGAAGGUCAAGAAUUAUUUUUGGCAAACCUUCAGAAGGUUUUUUGGGCCAAAAAUCUUCUGAAGGUUACAACACAUCUACUGAAGGUAUGAGUCUUCUGAAGGUUUUCAAAAGAGGCGAAAUUUGUGCAAUUCAGGCCCUGACUCCGUUUCAGUUUUGCGCGUCAAAAAAAGUGCUGACUUUUGGAUCUUCUGAAGGUUUUCUGAUUCUUCUGAAGAUUCUUCAGAAGGUUUUUCUUCUGAAGGAUGUUAUGACUUUUUCCCUUAUAGUCCUUCAAUUAUUCUCGGAGAGAAGUGGCCGACUCGGACAGGAGGAGCAACGGAGCGCAUAACACUCGAAGAAAGAAUCAGAGACAGACGAAGUCUGUGCUACUUGAUGUUCCGCGGCAGCUAGCACGUCAGUCGGUCCAUGCGAUGAAAUAAAAUGAAUUUGAACGCGAACCGGCUCAACUGCUUGUUCAGAUGAAGCGGAUGUGCAGAUGAAACUGUGUAUGCAGUGGUUUUUAGGUCUCUACUUGCUGCUCACGCAACAAGAUCAGUACCGAAAGUUUCAACACGGAUGACUCUACUCUGGCGGUUUGUUUGUCAACUCCAUCGUCGCU